AUGGCAACAUACUCUGCCUCAGUACUUGACAAGGUAACUAAAGGCUGCAGCUGUGAUUUCCAUGUUAUACAAUUGUCACCUAGUGUAAAAAAGUUCAAUCCUGACCAUAUCGAUGUAAGAUUUGACUGUAUUGGAGGGUUGGGAGCCAUUAAACAAACAUUGUAUGAAUUAGUCAUUCUUCCUUUACAAAGACCCGAGCUGUUUUCUCAUGGGAAGCUUCUUGGUCCACAAAAAGGUGUCUUGCUGUAUGGACCCCCUGGGACUGGGAAGACCAUGCUCGCCAAAGCAAUUGCAAAAGAGUCAGGAGCUCUGUUCAUCAAUGUGAGAAUAUCAAAUCUGAUGAGCAAAUGGUUUGGGGAUGCACAAAAACUUGUCGCUGCUGUGUUUAGCCUGGCGCAUAAACUUCAGCCAGCAAUUAUUUUCAUUGAUGAGGUGGAUAGUUUUUUGGGCCAGCGCAAGACUACAGACUACGAAGUACUAACUAAUAUGAAGACAGAAUUCAUGGCUUUGUGGGAUGGUUUCACCACAGACCAUAAUUCUCGGGUGAUGGUACUUGCUUCCACUAAUCGUCCAUCAGAACUUGAUGAAGCAAUUCUCCGCCGUCUUCCUCAAGCGUUUGAAAUUGGGAUUCCUGAUUCUAGGGAAAGGUCACAGAUAUUGAAGGUGAUUCUGAAGGAUGAGACCGUUGAAGAUGACAUUGAUUACGACCAUAUAGCUGGUAUUUGUGAUGGAUACACAGGCUCUGAUCUUCGUGAGCUUUGCAAAAAGGCUGCUUACUUUCCUAUCAGGGACGUGCUCGAUGAUGAGAAGAAUGGGAAAUCAUCUUCGGUGCCAAGGCCAUUGUCGCAGUUGGAUUUGGAGAAAGUCGUCUCUAAAACAACCCAGACAAAAGUUGCUGCAAGCGAAUAUUCCAAAUUAAGCUCACAAUCACCAACAUGGCCAGGGCAUAGGGAUUCUGACGAUUAUCGGGUUCAAGCAGCCAUUAAUGAGCUAUCUAAGCUCCAAGUUUCCCAAAUUUUGAACAUUCAGCCUGAUUCCCAAGACUCUUGAUUGUUUUUCCCGUCCUCAAAACCCUGCAGAAAUCUUACCGUUUGCAUAAUUAUGCAAUUACAUUAAUUGUAUAGGACUUUGAAAACCUUUUUGACAUAAGAUUAACCCCAUUAGAAAUUAGCAUCUCCUAUUUCGGGUUUUCGUUAAUCUAUAC